UAUAUUACAGUAUAAAAUUAAAACAGACUACAAUUUCGAUACGACAUUGCUUUUUACACACAUCAUUGUAUUUAUAUUUUUUCUUACUAAACAACUAAACAGACAACUAUUGGUUAUUAGUUACCUACUACACUGACUGAGUGGUGAGUCAUUAUUGUUGUUAUAUAUUUGUAUGGACAAAGAAGCAUUAAAAAAAACUAAGACUAUUUCAAAGUAACGAAAUAAUUCAAUCAAUAGCUUCUUCCGUGGAACGGAACGCGCCAUACAAGUCUGCCGGCCGGGCUAAAACCCUCGCCGGGGUUCGCCAGUUCACUGCGCGCCGCCGUCGUGCCCUCACGCCGCACCGCGACCCUUACACAAAACCACAAAAAUACAACCAACAACAAAAUACCAGUGUUAACAGUGCUACAAAUGUGGACACUCUAGUGUAAGUGAGAUUUGGAUACAAAGCGUGGCGCUCGAACCCCCACGCGUGGAUAAUGGCAUGAAACAAUAUUUCAUACACCGAUAAAUCUGUAACAUCGUCCUUUAAUCGUCCUAACAAAAGUGAUAUAAAAGCGGUAAAGUUUUAGUGUUCAACUAAAAGUGUUACCAGUUUUCAAAAGUGUUCGAUUUUCAAAGUGACCGUUGUCUCGCUAGUGAUGUGACCGGCGAUGACAGUUGCGUAUCCAAGAUGGCGGGUCGGCACAAGCCCACAGUCAGGCAUUUCCACAACCAGCCGGAGCUGCAGCGGGGCGGCAGUCUGGGCCUGAUGCUGAGGUGGAUCCUGCUGGUGUGCCUGGCGAGCUGCGGGCCUUUGGGGAACACCGUCAAACAAGAUGGCUGCGCCUUCCCUGCACGCUGGCAUGGUCGCUGGUUCCAAUCCGGCGUCAUCCAACCCAUCUCCAUCGAGGGGGACCGUCUCUCCAACAAGGGGCGGUGCCUCUCGUCUGAGGGGGAUAAGUUCCUUAUUGUCGAUGAGAAAGGGUGUUAUCGAUGUGUGGUCAUGCACGAAAAACAUACCAACGUUCUGCAAUACAAAGAAACGUUCUGCCAUCGUCGAGACGCAUUACCUCACCUCUGUUCUCUCAUCACCGGAGAUGCUCUCCUCUACUCCAUGUUCAGGGAAAACGCUGAUCCUGUCGACUGCCCGCUGAAAGGGCCCUUCUCCUUUACUUAUAACAGGGGGCAUGGGGACUGCAAAAUCCCCGUGUCGUCCAUCGAGAGCUGCACAGAAGAUUCCCGGCUUCUGCUCAACUACCAGGCAUGUCCUGAUAUUUCUGCGUCUGAAAGUACAGUGGAAGAACUAGAAUGCCUAGCAACAUGGAAAGAAGGCAGCCUCCGGUUUCUCGUCGGAAAGCUGCACCACAACCACGCCACCAGCAACGAGGACCGCUACCGCUGCUUCGUCUACGAGAAGACUAAUGGUAUCGCAUCAACAGGCGUAAAAGAGGGCCCAGGCUCCGCUGACGUGGAGUACCGAGUAGCCCAAUCGGGGGAUGCGACCUGCAAUGGACUGUUCAGCGCCACGGAGGGAAGUAGGACUAUGGCCUUGAAGCGAGUAUCAAUCCGCUCCAACUGCCAAUUCCCGAGCUGGAUGACAUUCUCCCACACCUGGCAUACCCUCGACUACAGCUCCAACUACACCUUCUACCAGCGGAACGCCACACUCCGCAUCACUGACAAGUCUGGUGCUGACAUUAAAGUGUAUUGCGUCAGCGUGAAAGCUAGUUCGCCUAGCGGAAAUUCUGUGGCAUUGGUGGCGCAUUGGCAGCAUCACUGCGUCUCCCGCUACGUGUGCGUAGUCCUAUAUCGGCGGGACACAUACAUAGCGGAGUUGCAGCGCGGCGCGCCCACCGCGCGCGCAGAUGACGCCUGCUCGAACCAUCAUUUCAACGCCGUCUCCGAGCCCUACGUCACGCUAGUCGCAAGCAACCCCGAAUCAAAAGAAUGUCCGUAUUCCGGGAAAUACGAGAUACAGAACCGUCACGAACGAAGCGUUAGGUCUAUUAGUGAACCCAAUAUUAGAAAUGGUAGUAGGCUGUUCAAUUUUAGUAUAAGCAAUAUGUCGAGCGCGCCGAUGCUACGGAGUCGGCGGGAAGUGGACGCUGGGUGUGUGGUCAGCGGGUUCGAUCGGUUGGAGGUGGGCUGUAACUCUGCGAAGAAUAUGGAGUUUUAUUCGAGCUGUGAGAAUAAGGAGGUUAUGACAGCGUACACAUGCCACGGCGGCUGGUACGAGAACGGCGCGUCGUUCGUGGUGACGACGCCGCUGACGCGCGACAGCCGCGCCGCGCGCCGCUACUGCUUCGUGUCGCGCGAGCAGCGCUCCGCGCUCGCGCUCGCCCGCAGCGCCGCCAACUGCGAGCGCGCGCCCGCCGCCGCCGGCCAGCUGCUGCUCAGCGCGAGGAAUACUGGUGAAUGUCAAGAUCAAACCAAUGCCCAGCCCCUCCAGAGGCUACCUUCACCCACCAUCAUCAUCCUGACAGCUGUCAUUCUACACUACAUCAUACCGAGAUGAUUCUGUCAUGUCUACAACUGUAACAUAGCUUAAUUAUAAUUAUGUAAGGCUUAGAUAAAACCAAAGUGGAAUAAAAACUUAGUCAGGGUUCCAAUGUUUAUGGACUCAGCGUCAGUACACCCUAACGCUAUAUGCAUACAAGCUAGGACCAAGCUAAACGCCUUAACAGACAGGCGUACAGGACAGCGACCUUGGUCCGGUCAAAAUAUGUAUGUUGCACUCACUUAUAGCUGCGUCCUUAACGGACGUACGGAAGACCACCUUACAUUCGAUCGAACAGGCCUCAGAAAAGACCAAGUUCGCGGCAUGCCUGUCUGUUACAGCUAUGACUUUGCACCAACAUUGACGUGACAGAUGUGGAAGUGUUGACGUCAUAAUUUCAUAAUUAUUUCACUAUUAUGGUACUUCGCACUCUGUGACUACAGUCUGUUCAGAGUUAAAGUGCCUACAGACAGCUGCACCGGACCGCGACCUUGGUCCGGUCCAAGACUUGUUCGAUCGUGCGUAAGGUAGUCCUCCGUACGUCCGUUAAGCACGCAGCUGUAAGUGAGUAGGAGAAAGAGAUAUUUUGACCGGACCAAAGUCGCGGUCCUAUACACCCGUGUGUUACGGCUUUUUUGCUUGGUCCUUAUUGUAUGAAUCUUAAAAAAAAAUUAUAACGCGGCUCAGUCGUUCAGCCAAUGAUAUAAUGCCAUAGAUCCAAUAUGUUUAUAUUGAUUAUUGUACC